UCCACCUUUCGGCUGGAUCCACCGCUCAGCGGAUAAAAACCAGCCCUCCCCCCCCCCGCCCUUCUCCAGGUCCGCAGUUCGGAUCCGGCCACCCAGCCCGGGACGUCGCAGCCUUUCGCCUCCUCUUUCGCUCCGGGUCUUUGGGGGGUUUUCCCACCUGCUUCUCCCUUCCUCUUCCUGGCAGACAGACGCCCCGCUUUCUCCAGCCAGGCAGGAAGCUGCAGCCGGAGGAGCCAUGGCGGGCACCGUGGUGAAGGUGGACGGGACCGAGGUGAAGGUGGACGGGACCGAGGUGGCCGUGAAGGGUCCGGAGGGGACCACCAUCAACAUCACCCUCCGCCAGGAGUCCGGCCUGGCUUCCCUGUUCAGAGGGGUGGCGGCCCUGAGUCUCCGCAAAGCGGCGGCCAAUGACGCCGGCGAGGCUCCCCGCGCCCCCCGCCCGGCCGGGGGGGAGCAGAAAGUCUUGGGGGGAGCCCAGAUCCUGCUCGGUGCUGUCUGCAUCGGCCUCGGCCUGGCGCUGAGCAUGGUUGCGCCCAACAGUGAGCUACCCUACUACUACAAGUGGUCAAUCUAUAACGGAGUCCCUUUCUGGAUGGGCGGCCUGUUCAUCCUCUCCGGCACCUUCUCGGUGGUGGGCGCACGACACGGCAGCUACUGGGUCCACCUGGCCACCUUCUUCAACCUGGGCAGCGUCGUGGCCGGCUCGGUGGCCUUCGUGCUGGGCUUGACGGAGUUCGCACCCCUCGCCUACGAACCCUACUUCGUUGAGCAACUCUGCAAGCACAGAGCGGAGGACCGGGGUUACCGCUCGUGGCAACCGACCACCAGACCUCCGUACGACGACGAGAGGGACCAAGAGCGGGCCACGGAGUGCCAGGAGGCUCUCUUGGGGUUCGUGCGCAUGUGGAGCAGCACCCAGAUCCUCCUGCUCAUCGUGCACGUCGUCGCCCUGGCCACCGCCCUCUUCUGCUUCGGAUACGGCCUGCGCCGCCUGUGCUGCUCCUGCUGGGGGGGCUGGCAGGACUACGUGGCCCUGGGGGACCCAGACGACUCUCCUACGCCCGGGGAUCCGGGCAAAGAGCAGAGCCCUGCCUGAGGGGCAUGGAGGGAAGACCCCCUACCCCCGCUGGCCUUUGGCUCUUCCCCGGGACCAAAUAGCAGCUGAAGCACUUCCCAGCAGCCGGUCCCGAAGUCAAGAUACUCCGAAGUUACCCACCGCUUUUCACGCGAGCAGACUCCUCCUGCACACCCAGUGAAUAAAAAAAAAGUAGCUUUUCUGGA